AUGGCUACUCCAUCCUCUCCUUCUCAUCCAGGGCCGGAUCAUAUGGUCACGGUCAAGGUGCUCUACAACGAUAGCAACCGUCGCUUCAAGCUCCCUCUGAAGGAGCUCAAGGCUCAGGUGUUCCCUCAAAUGCUCCGAAGCCUCCUCGGCGUUCCGGCGGAUGUCAACGUCAUCCUUGAACGCUAUUCAGACAGCGCCGGUUCCUAUAUUCGCCUGGACUGUGACAACGUCGCAGUCUACAAACAGCUCUAUCGGGCUGCCAAGGCCAAAUCCAAGCUCCGAAUUAAAGUUUCAAAGGUCACUGUCCCCAGUCCCACCGUCACAGAGCCCGAGAUGCCCUCGGAGCCCUCGGCACCGGCCGAAGAGCCCUCUGUACCGGAGCAGCCUCGAUACAGUUUCCUGGAGACUGUUCUGAGCCCGGCCGAUCUUCAGGCUCGCUCCCAGAACCCCGCUCUCAUCGACUCAACCCCAAUUCCAAAGUCGCUUCCCAUUGGCCAGCCUCGUUUCCGCAACUUCGAGUUGGACCAGGAGAAGCACCACUUCCCUCUCAUCUCUCACAACUCCGUCAAUGGUAUGUUCUGCAUCGACUGCAACAACUGUGGUCGCUCCAUUGCAAACGAGCACUAUCACUGCAGUAUUUGUGAGAACGGAGACUAUGACAUGUGCCCACGAUGUGUCGAAGACGGAUCAUCUUGCGGCGGCGAUGGUCACUGGCUGAUUAAGAGAUUCGUUCAAGAUGGUGUCGUUACGAACAGCACCACCGAGACGAUUCCUCCUCGCAACCAGUUUCCUGUUAAGUCUGAGGUGAUCACCAAGCCUCAUGUCCCUGUGAAGGCUGAGCUUGUCCAGGUCCAGGCUCUUCCCGAAACCAUCCCCGAGCCGGUUCUCAAAUUGGAUGUGAAGCCAUCGGAGUCCUUGGAUGCUGCAGUCCAGGGAGAAGAGAAGCCAAUGUGCAAUGGCUGCUGUCGUGAAGCUGAUGGCAGCUAUCUCGUCCGUUGCAAUGACUGCGAGGACUAUGACCUGUGCCUUCGUUGUCUCCUCAGAGAUAAGCACGGUCACCACCCUGGUCAUACCUUCCACCUUGGCUCUGACCGUAACUUCUCCUUGAAAGAUCUGAUCACUUCUCGCUGUCUCCCUGGUCGUCAGUUCCGCCACGCCGCUGUCUGUGACGGCUGUGACAGGCGUAUUGUUGGCGUCCGUCACAAGUGCCUGGCUUGCCCCGACUGGGACUUCUGCCCUGAGUGCAUUGCUACAGCACCUGAGAACCACCCUGGUCACCGGUUCGUCAAGAUUUACGAUACUAUUGGUGAGGCUCCUCGUGAGCAUGAAAUCCACUAUGGUAUCUUCUGCGACGGUCCACUGUGCAAGAACAAGCCUGCUCAAAGCUACAUCUCUGGCGUUCGCUACAAGUGUGCUGUCUGUGAUGAUUGCGACUUCUGUGCCAGUUGCGAGGCUCUCCCAACUGACCACCACAACCGCACCCACCCGCUGGUUAAGUUCAAGACUCCUGUCCGCAGCGUGACUGUGAGCACCCUGGGCGAUGACGGCUCUAAGGGAGCACUUGCCCUGGGUGACCGCUGCCAGAGCCACACUUGGGACAGUGCGGCGGUUGAUGAGCAGGAACCCGUUGAAGUGGAUGCUAAGUCCGUGGAGAUGCCCAAGGCCUUCAAGCCUGAGGUUGAAGCUGCCUCCAGCUCUGGUGUACCGGGCUACAAUGCAGAGUUCCUCAAGGAUACCGUUGAGGACGGCACCAUUAUGAAGCCAGGCAAUGUUUUCUCCCAGACCUGGACUCUUGUCAACAACGGCCAUGCUGCAUGGCCCGUUGGCUGUGACGUGCGCUACGUCGGUGGAGACGCCAUGUUCGAUGUCGACACCAGCCACCCCUCAGACACCAUGUCUCUUUACUCGGCACAGCAGAGCAACAAGCUGUUCGCCCCUGUGGAGCCCGGCGAGUCGGCUGAUUUUACCGUGAACCUUCGCGCCCCUGAGCGUGAGGGCAACGUUACCUCUUACUGGCGGUUGAAGCUUCCCAACGGCAUGGCUGUGGGCCACAGCCUGUGGUGCGAGAUUGAGGUGCAGGAGCCUGUUCCUGCUAUGGCCGAGGAGUCCCCCGUGUCUGAGAUUGGCGGAAGUGGCAUGAUCUUCCCCAAGCUGGAGAAGGAGUCCCCCGAGUCAAGCACCAUUCAAGAAGCCCCUGCGCCCGUGGCACCCACUCUGUCCAAUUCCUCCGAAGUCGACGUUGAGGAUGUGGAAAGCCUGGCUCUUGACGAUGCCAGCACCGAUGCUGGCUUCCUAACCGACGAGGAAUAUGACGUCCUCGACGCCAGCGACCAGGAGUACUUGGAGGCCAAGCAAUCCGCAAACUAA